AUGACCGCGAUUAAACCUUGGCGAAAGCACACCACUACCAGUCCUCAACGGUCAUUGGCCCUUUGGGCAAAUGUAUCAUGGCUGAAUGGGCGGUCCGACACCAGCAGUGCCGUCCUUCGUGGUCGAGACUCGACAGGGUCGACUAGGGGGGCGCAGAAUGAAAAUGAAAAUUACAACACCCAAGACAUGCGUGAUGCCAGGGACUAA